GCUGCCGUGCGCCGUGAAAUACACGCGACGGAGCACAGAGAGGGAAGGAGAGACAGGGAGAGAGAGAGAUCAGGAUUCUUCCGGGAAGAGACCUAUACCGUCAACAACAAAGUUCGACGCUUGGAAGGAAGAGAACCCGAGUGAGUCCAAGCAGAUGGCCACCGACAACAAGUACGACCGCCAGCUAAGGCUGUGGGGCGGGAGCGGCCAGAAGGCGUUGAUGGAGGCCAACAUCCUUCUCGUGAACGCCGGCGCAACCGGCACGGAGACCCUCAAGAACCUCGUCUUGCCAGGGGUCGGGCAUUUCACCAUCCUUGACGCUGAGGAGGUGCGGCAGUUGGACCAGGGCAGCAAUUUCUUCGUCGGACCAGAGCACGUCGGCCUUCCAAGGGCAAAGGUCGCAGCCGAGCUGCUCUGCGAGAUGAACCCUGACGUGAAGGGGGGGUAUGUACAAGAGGACCCGGACGCGCAGAUGAACAAGGACCCCGCGUUCUUCUCCAAGUUCUCCCUGGUCAUCGCCUCCCAGCUGCACGAGACUACCCUGAGGAAGAUGGCCGCGCUGUGCUGGGACAAGUCCGUUCCGUUCUUGCACGUCAGGAGCUACGGCUUUCUAGGCCACGUCCGCCUGGCGUUGCGAGGGCACUGCGUGGUGGAGAGCAAGCCAGAGGGAAACAAGCCGGACUUGAGGAUCGCGCAGCCUUGGCCGGAGCUGCUUGAGUACUGCCAGUCCAUCGAUUUCGACAAGCAGGACAAUGUUCUUCACGGGCACACGCCGUGGAUCGUCAUCCUGGUGCGCAAGAUGGACGAGUGGAAGGCUGCCCACAGGGGCUCGCUGCCAAGCUUUCUAGAGAGAAAGGAGUUCCAACAGAGCCUGAAAGCAGCAUCGCGGAACUACCAAAAGGAGCUCAACUACCAGGAGGCUUUUAAAGAGUCGUACGUGGCGUACACACCGCCCGGCCUCCCCGGAGAGGUUGAAACCCUUCUGGCCUCAGCGGAGGCGAUGGAAGUUGGCCCGGAGACGUCGAAUUUCUGGCUGCUGGCACGCGCGCUGGGGGAGUUCGUGAAGGGAGAAGGCGGCGGUUUGCCCCCGCUUAGUGGCGAGGUGCCGGACAUGACGUCGGACACAGACAGCUUCAUCACCCUCCAGGGAUUGUACAAGGCGAAGGCGGCGAAGGACACGGCGGCGGUGGCGGCGUUGCUGGACGAGGGGCUUGCCCGUGCCGGCAGGCCAAGGGGCAGCGUGCCGAGAGAAGAGACGGAGGUCUUCUGCAAGAACGCUAGGAAACUCUUGACGAUGACAACCCGGUCCAUCGAGGAGGAGUAUGGAAACAACACUUGUAACAAGGACGAGAUAUCGUGCGAGUUGGGAGAUCCCUACGAGGUGCCAGAGCAGACGCCGAUCGUCUGGUACCUUGCCUUGCGGGCCGCGGACGCCUUCAAGACCAAGAACGGACGCUACCCAGGGGAAGAGGACGACCAGGUGGACGGGGACGCAGCGGCGCUGUGGAAGAUCACAAAAGAGCUCUUGGCGGGGAUGGGCGUAGAGACGGAGCACUUGAGCGAGAAGCAUGCCCAGGAAAUCGCGCGAUAUGGCGCCUCGGAGCUUCACAACGUGGCCUCGGUUUUGGGCGGGAUCGGCAGCCAAGAGGCAGUCAAGGCCAUCACUCGCCAAUACACCCCUCUGGACAACACGCUCGUGUACAACGGCCUGGCUGGCGUUAUUGGCCGGUACGAGCUCUGAGCUCCCGAUCAAGCCACAGGAAGGAGGAGGGGG